CCUUCCUCGCGGGCCCUGGCCCCCCGGGGGCUGCUGGCGCGGCUAGACUCGCGCCCCCUGGCGGCUGGAGCUGCUGCAGAUGAGUGGGCGCUGGUACGCAGGGCGGGCGACACUUUGCGCCUGCGCCACAAGGAGGGUUAGGCUCGGCUUGCUCCUGAGAAGCUUAAGAUAGCGACGAUUGCUUCCCACGGCCCCUAGUCGGCCUUCGCCUGACGAAGCCGCAAUGUUUUAUGGGAAAGGUAGUUCUACUACUCAUCGGCCAGCCGCUAGCGAAUUUAAUCGAAACUAAACUUCCCAGCAAGCAUUGCGCCAACCUGGGAACCCGGGCAAGAUGGCGGACGCAGAAGAUGAUGCUUUGCCGUCAGCUGCAGGUUCAACUGCUCCAAUUUCAUUCGGCUUCACUCGCACGUCCACCCGGAGGCGUCUUGUGGACCCGAAAGACGGCGAGAGGUCGGCCCCAGAGAAGGAUUUCUUGAAGACUGUGGAAGACAGGGAACUGCAGAGUGUGAAGCCCACAGAAGCCCCCAAAGAGCUGGUCAUCCCAUUGAUCCAGAAUGGCUAUCGAAGGCAGCCACUGGCCCAGAUGACUGGGCCAUCCACAGAUACUGAGGCCUUGGUGGAUGGAGUGCUGUCCCAGGCAGUGAAGGAACUCAUUGAGGAAUCCAAGAAGUCUCUGGAGGAGAGAGAGAAUGCGGGUGUCGACCCCAGGCUUGCUAUCCCCAUGAUCCAGAAAGGAUGCACCCCCAACAGGAAAGAGGAAGACAGCGAACCCCAGGCUGAGACAGUGCCAGAGGAAGCUGAUUAUGAGGCAGUCCCUGUCGAGGCCUAUGGGCUGGCCAUGCUGCGGGGCAUGGGCUGGAAACCUGGUGAGGGCAUCGGCCGCACUUUCAAUCAAGUAGUGAAGCCCCGUGUCAAUUCACUGAGGCCCAAGGGGUUAGGGCUGGGUGCAAACUUGACUGAGGCCCAGGCCUUGGCCUCCACUGGCUCGAACACCCUACUGAGGCCAGAUGGGGAGCAAGAAAAAGAUAAGGAAGACCAGCCUCAAGGGCUCGUGCCUGGAGGAGCAGUGAUGGUUCUUUCUGGCCCUCACCGAGGCCUCUAUGGAAAGGUGGAAGGCCUAGAUCCUGACAAUGUGCGGGCCAUGGUCCGUCUAGCUGUCGGCAGCCGCAUGGUGACUGUUAGUGAGUACUGUCUGCGACCUGUUUCCCAGCAGGAGUUUGACAGAAACUCCCUGCAUAUUGGCCAGGUGAGCAGAACUUCACUGGGACAACAGAAUGGAACAGGCUCAUCACGGAAGGCCCUCCAGAAUCAAGACCUCCAUGUCCGCUGGGAAGACUCAGAGAGGAAGCGGAAACACCCUCCAGACCGGAAUGAUGGGCCUGCAGCCAAGAAUAAGAAAGCAACCCCCAUGACCCAGCACUGGUUACACAGGGACCUGCGUGUGCGGUUUGUGGACAAGCUACACAAGGGUGGCCAGUAUUACAACACCAAGAUGACAAUUGAAGAUGUCUUGAGCCCAGACACCUGUGUGUGUCGGACAGAUGAAGGCCGAAUCCUAGAAGGCCUGAGGGAAGACAUGCUGGAGACCCUGGUUCCCAAGGUAGAGGGCAACCGUGUGAUGGUGGUACUGGGGCCACAGGCUGGAAGAGUGGGACACUUGCUGAGCCGAGACCGAGCAAAGAGCCGGGCUUUGGUGCAACUGCGGAGAGAUAAGCAGUUGGUAGAGCUUCACUAUGAUGCUGUCUGCCAAUAUAUGGGCCCAAGUGACUCAGAUGAAGACUGACCCGUGGGACCACUACCAUCCCAUAGGCUGUUGCCAGUUUUGUACUGUCUGACAAAGUUGCCUUCAGGAAUACAAGAAGAUAAUUGCUCCAUUCUCCCUUGCAGUGCAGUCCUGCAGGGCAGGGACAGGGAAAUGGAUGAAUGGACCAGAAAAGAAACUGGAAACAAACCCAAUAUUUACCAGAAUUGAGUAAAUAAUAAAAACCAUUUUAAAUAUUUAGUAGAUGAAAUUAUAAUUUGGAAGUAAGGUGGGAACCUUGCUGAGGUAGGAACUAUUUCAUUUCCCAGCCUAACCUCCCUGCUCAGGCUAUAGUAGACAAGUUAAAUGACCCAGAUAAUCAUGAAUUCAUUCUUAUCAUAUAGAAAUUAUGAAGUCCAUCCCCUGAUAGACACUAUGGAAUCUAUAAUGCUACAUCUCUGAAGAACUUCCUGAGUGCUACAGUUUAGAAGUCAAAUGUCCCCCAACAGUCCAUGUGUCAAAGGCCUUGUCCUUGGGGUGGCACUAUUGGGAGGUGCUCUGGACUUUUAAGAGUUGAGGCCUCGUGGGAAGUCCUUGAAUUAUUGGGGGCAUGCCCUUGUAGGGGAUUGUGGGACUCUGGGCUCCCGUUUUCUCACUUUUGUUCCUGGUUCAUGAGGUAAGUACUUUUGCUCCACUAUAUAACCCCCCCCUCCCCCAUGAUAUGCUGCUUUGCCACAGGCCCCAUGCAAUGAGGCCAGUCAGUUAUGGAUUGGAACCUUCAAAACUUAUAGCCAAAAUAAACCUUUCCUUGUAAAAAGUUA